AUGGCCACUACUAAUCUUGCCGUGCCCGCCCUCCUGUUGCUGCUCCACCUGGUGCGUGCCGUUGCUGGCGCCGAGGACGAGGCCGCGGCACUACUCUCCUUCAAGCGUGCGUCGGUGUCCGCCGACCCACAAGGUGCUCUCGCGGGCUGGCGCAACGACACCUCCGGCUCACCGUGCGCGUGGGCGGGCGUCUCGUGCACCGACGACGGCCGCCUCCACAAGCUCAACCUCAGCGGCAUGUCCCUCGCCGGUCGGCUCCACCUCGACGCGCUGCUCGCGCUCCCCAACCUGCAGUCCCUGAACUUGUCAAGGAACAACCUAACCGGCGGGGGCUUUCUGUUCCCUCCGUCUCUGCGGACACUGGACAUGUCCAGGAACAAGGUGUCAGAUGUCGGCUUGCUGAACUACUCCCUGACCGCCUGCCAUGGCAUUCGGUACCUCAACUUCUCGGCCAACCAGUUCACCGGAGGCAUUACGGGGUUUGCAAGGUGCAGCCAAGUUUCUGUUCUUGAUAUAUCAGGGAACCUCAUGUCCGGCACCCUACCGGCUGGGCUUGUAACCAUGGCGCCGGCCAAUUUGACACACUUGAGCAUUGCUGGAAAUAACUUCUCUGGGGACAUCUCCAGGUAUGUUUUUGGUGAUUGCACAAACCUCAAAGUGCUCGAUUGGUCAUACAAUAGACUGAGUGGCAUGGGGUUGCCACCGAGUCUUGCCAACUGCCGCCGCUUGGAGACACUUGACAUGUCGGGGAACAUGCUUCUUUCUGGCCCAAUGCCAGUGUUCUUGGGAGGCUUCCAACAAUUGAAGAAACUUGCACUAGCUGGGAACAACUUUAUUGGAGAAAUUCCGGAUGAACUGAGCCCCUUGUGCAGGACGCUGGUUGAACUAGACUUAUCAAGCAACCAGCUGAUUGGCGGUUUGCCUGCAAGUUUCUCAAGAUGCAGAUCGCUUGAGGUGCUCGAUCUCAGCAGCAAUCAACUGUCUGGUGACUUUGUGGUUACUGUGAUCAGCAAAAUCUCGUCUCUGCGUGUGUUGCGGCUGCCAUUCAACAACAUCACAGGGACAAAUCCGCUGCCCACACUUGCAGCUGAGUGCCCUUUGCUUGAAGUUAUCGAUCUUGGAUCUAAUGAGCUCGAUGGAGAGAUGAUGCCAAACUUGUGUUCAUCAUUGCCAUCACUGCGAGAGCUGCUCCUCCCAAACAAUGACCUCAUUGGAACCGUGCCGCCGUCACUUGCCAACUGCAGCAAUCUAGAUUCUCUAGACCUCAGCUUCAACCUAUUGAUUGGUCAGAUUCCAGCUGAAGUGUUAUUGCUUCCAAAGCUUGUUCAUCUGGUCAUGUGGGCAAAUAAUCUCUCCGGUGAAAUACCGGACAUGCUAUGCUCCAGGAGCACGACACUGGAGACAUUGGUGAUAAGUUUCAACAACUUAACUGGAGGCGUUCCUCCUUCCAUUAGCAGAUGUGUGAAUCUCAUAUGGGUGUCACUUGCUGGCAACCAUCUCACUGGGAGCGUGCCCUCAGGAUUUGGCAACCUCCAGAAGCUUGCCAUUCUACAGCUGCACAAGAAUUCACUGUCUGGCCCGGUGCCAGCAGAGUUUGGUAGCUGCAGCAGCCUCGUCUGGCUUGAUCUCAGCAACAACAACUUCUCGGGCACAAUACCACCACAGUUAGCGGCACAGGCGGGGCUCACCACUGGAGGUGUUGUUUCCGGCAGGCGAAUCGCAUUCCUUAGGAGUGAGGCUGGCAACAUCUGCCCCGGUGCUGGAGUGUUGUUUGAGUUCUUUGGCAUCCGUCCAGAGCGACUGGCCCAGUUGCCGGCUGUACGCUCAUGUGCCCCCACGGGGAUAUACACUGGGACUGUAUUCUACACCUUCAAUAAUAAUGGAAGCAUGAUCUUCCUUGAUCUGUCAUACAACAGCCUUACAGGAAAGGUUCCGGCAAGCUUGGGGAAGAUGGCAUACCUUGACGUGCUUAACUUGGGACAUAAUGACCUUACUGGUGAAAUUCCAGGCGCGUUCACGGGACUGGAAGGGAUCGCUCUACUUGAUCUCUCACACAAUCAACUCAGUGGUAUCAUUCCGCCGGGCCUUGGUGGUCUGCACUUUCUUGCAGCCUUUGAUGUCUCUAAUAACAACCUGACUGGAGAGAUCCCGACAUCGGGGCAGCUCAUGACGUUCCCUGCAUCUGACUUUGAAAACAACUCUGGUGUCUGUGGCAUCCCCUUGAAUCCCUGUAGCCAGGUUGACAAUGGAGGUGGUGGUCCUGAGCCUCAAGAUAUUCCUGAUGGGCAUGUGCCUGUCGUCUCUCCAUCUGGGAUCGGCAUAGGCUUAGCACUUGGUGUCCCUGUAGGUUUUGGUCUAGGGAUCUUGCUACUCUAG